AGAUAGCCGGAGCGCGACGGUGUGGCAGGAUGAGCAGACCCCUGAAGGAGAAGCUCCAGCGCCUGCAGUGUCAUUUCACCUGGGAUUUUGAGAUCAAAGACAAAAUGAACAUCAGACACUCUCUUGUGACUCUGUCUCUCCGCCUGGAACACGGCCCCUUCCAUAACUGGGGCACCUAUCUCGCCCUGAAGGCCUAUCUGCGCCAUCUAGAGGGGAGCCCCAAAGAGGCCCUGGACAUCCUGGAGGAAGCCGAGGAGGUCUUGAGGAAGGAACCUCAAGAGACCUUCUCACGCCAGGUCCUGCUGGUCUACGGGAACUACGCCUGGAUCUGCUACCACUUGACCGAUUACGACAGGGUGGACCUCUACUUGGGACAGAUCCGCCAGAUCUGCCGGGACCUGUCCAGCCCUGAGCCCUACUCGGCCCCGAUCCCGGAGGUCUACACCCAGAAGGGCUGGUCCCUCUUGGCCAUGGGCUUCCGGAACGGCCAGCUUGCCAGGGAGUGUUUCCAGACGGCCCUGGAGCUGCAGGAGCCCAAUGCGGAGCUGGAGGAGGGCCUGACUUUCUCCACCUUUGCUUCCUGGACACACUUUUACGAUGACAAGUUACAGGAAGAGGGCCGGAAGUUGCUGGAAGGGCUGAUCCGUAGUCAGCCCGAAAAUUAUGAAGCCAAAAUAUACUUGGCACAGAUUCUCUGUUGGAAAAAUCCUGAAAGAGCGGGGCACCUUGCUGACGAUGUAGUCCAGAACAGUCUCAACCCGGAACUCCUGAGAAUGGCCGCCAAGGUCAUUAAGAUCCACUCUACCUCCCAGGCCAUUUCCACCCUGAAGAAGGCCAUCGCCCUCCAAGGUGACUACUAUCUCUUGCACCACGACCUUGGCAUGCGUUACAUGUACCUGUUAAAUCCAGGAUCCGAGGGGGACAGAGCGGAAAUCGUGGAAGACGCCAUUGAGUGCUUCAAACGGUCACUGGAAUUCGAUCCUGGAUCUGUGUUUUCCCGGCUGAAGCUGGCGAAGUUGUACGGAGAGAAACACCCGCUUUACGAGGAGGAGGUCUACCUGGGCUUGAUGGAGGAGCUGCCAACCGCCAGCAAGUGGUGCCAGAAGUCUUUCUAUCUGCACUGGGGGGAUUUCCUCCUCCGCAAGAAGGGGGAGAGGCAGGCAGCGCUGUGGGCGUACGAGGCUUGCUUGGAGGUGCCGGGGGACCACCCUCUGGAGCAGAAGCAACUGGAGCAGCGUCUGAAAGAGCUAGCCAGGGCCUUCCGUUCUGAAGGCGAGACGGAACAAGAGAGAGCGGUCCAGCGUCUGCUGUACGAAAUGGCAAGAAAGUGUUGGGCUCGUCGUCAAAAUGCAGCGUGGGCCCUGCCCUCAAGGGACCUUCCCCAGUAACCAGUUGGGAGUAUCGGGGUGCUCCAUCCCCAUGGGGGUGGUGCCCCCUCACAGCCCUGAGGCUGCUCCUUCCUGGGAUAUUUCUGGAAAGCAAAAUAAUGUGCAUGAAUAAUCCAGGGUGCACACCAGACAAUUUUACACCAUCCUGCUGCUUGCAGAUACGAACCUUGCGACAACAUAACAGUAUGUAGCGCCACCCCCGUAGGCAGCGCUUAAGUCCGGGCCCUCCCAACCUCCCCUCCAAGUGGCCACUAGCCCAAAAAGGCCACUCAUGUUGGCGCCUCUGCCUAACAGGGCACAUAACGUGGUAUUCAGUCACAAUUGGCAGCCACGCACAUGAGGCGGUGAUGGUCACUCUCUCUCAACGGUGACUCGCAUGGGUGGAUGGUGGUUGAUCUCUGGCAAUAAGAACCUUACAGGGAAGAUGGUAGUCAGUCUCUAAUGACAACAACUUGCCGAGAACGAUGUUAAUCAGCCUGUGGUGAUGGCAACUUGCCUAGAACGAUGGCGGUCAGUCUUUAGUGGCAACAACUUGCCUAAAGCAAUGGUAGCCAGCCGCUGGUGUCAACAACUUGCCCAGGACGAUGUUAAUCCAUCUUUGAUGACAACAACUUGCCUAGAAUGAUGGCAUCCAAUCUCUGGUGCUGGCAGAGGCCUCCCUCGUCCACUCUUCUCGCCCCUCUCUGACCUCACUCCAUGUAAUCCCCUUUUAUCUCCCUAUUAAAAAAACCCCUUACCUCUCACUAAAAGACGUAUGUCAAACUCUUCCCUAACUCUCCCUCUGCCUAGCUUACUCCAACAAGGGAAAGGGAUUAAAACUUCCCAAACUACCCCCUCUCUCUUCAUCUGGCCUGCCCAUAAUGAAAGAGAAAGAAACAAUAAAACUUCACUCCCCCCCUCUCUCUCUGCCUGUCCUGCUUCAAGCAAACGCUUCAAGCAAACAGCUCAUAUCAGGCGCUCUCUCUC